AUGACUAUAGCUGUAGGACAGACAAUUCCCUCUGGAACUCUCGUCUACUCUGAAAAUCCAGAAGAUAAGAGUGCUUGCGCCGUCCCGCAAAAGGGUGAUCCAACUGCAUUAUUCAAGGGCAAGAAGGUCGUCUUGUUUGCUGUUCCUGGUGCAUUCACUCCCACAUGUCACAUUCAACAUCUCCCUGGAUACGUUCAACACAUUGACGACUUCAAGGCUAAAGGCGUUGAUAUUGUCGGAUGUAUCGCCGCCAACGAUGUCUUCGUCAUGGACGCUUGGGGCAAGUCAAUGGGUGCUGGUUCAGCAGUCCAUAUGUAUGCCGAUGUUGGCGCUGAAUGGUCCAAGGCCAUGGGCUUGGAUUUGGACUUGACCAAAAUGUUGGGCUCCGUAAGAACCAAGCGAUAUGCAUUGAUUUUGAACGACAACAAGGUCGAAUACCUUGGAGUCGAUGCUCAAGGUUUGGCUCUCUCUGGUGCUGAUGCAGUACUUGGAAAGCUUUGA